AUGUAAGGGUAUGAUUAAAGGAAUGGUAAAAUGGUGGCCAUAAAAAUAGAAAGACCAGAAAAUGAACAUCUGCAUUCAUUAGAUCGAGAGGUGGAAAUUUUAUCAAGGUUAUAAAAUAUUAAGGGAAUCCCAAAAUUACUGUAUUAUGGAACUUAAGAGAACUAUAAUACAAUAGUGAUGGAAUUGCUGUAAAAAGACAUGUCCUCCUUAAUAAAGCAAAGGAAAAAAAUUAGUUUAAAGUCUAUACUUUAAAUCACGAUUUAGCUACUUUCAAUUCUCGAAGAAAUACAUAAAUAGGGAGUGCUGCAUAGAGAUUUAAAGCCUGAAAAUAUAAUGUUGGAUGAAUAGAAUGCUAUUUAUCUAAUAGAUUUUGGGAUAAGCAAAAUAUUUUAACGAAAAAAUGGAGACCUUAUGUAAAUAUUUUCAUAUAAGACAAGUCCUUUUAAGGAGAAGGUGCCUUUUGUUGGGACUGCUCGAUACGCGUCAAUUGCAGCUCACAAAGGACAAGAGUUAAGUCGAAAGGAUGAUAUCGAAUCAUUAUUCUAUGUUAUGAUCUUCUGCUUAAAAGGUACUUUACCAUGGCAGAACUUAAGGCACAUUCCAGAUGAUCAAAGAACCCAGAAAAUAGGAGAGUUGAAAGAAACAAUUGAUCCUAAAGUUCUCUUUAAAGAUUUGCCAAACGAGUUUAUCAAAAUUUACGAAUAUUUAAGAAAAUUAACAUUCAACGUUGAACCCGAUUAUAAAACAAUAAUUAAAUUAUUAUAAUAAGCAGCGAAACAUUUAAAUAUACUUUUAGACUAUAGAUACGAAUGGGACACCUAAAAUAAUUAUCAAGAGUUAAUUGUGAAUAGAUUUGGAUCUCUAUAGCCUGAAGAGACUUAGAUUAAGAACUAUGAAAAAUUUUAAUCCAAUAUCAACAAUAAUUAGAAUAAUCAUGUAAAACCAAGUCAAUUACAACUUCCCAUGAUGAAAUUAGAAUCAAAUUAAACAAGCAACAGUAAUUAUGGAAGUGGGAAUUAUAAUAAUAGUAUUUAUAAUUCAGUGGGAAUCAUUUACUCUCUGUCUAAUGAAGAAAUAAGUGAAGAAUUGUAAGAACCAAUUCCAGAUGAAUAAGAAAGCUAAAUCUUUAUCAAUGUUUAAGCAUUUCCUGAUCAUUUGAAAAAGCCUCAUCAAUAGAGGAGUAAUAUACAGAGUGAAGAGGAGUUCUAAAUUAUUGAAGACAAUCUAUUAUCUGAUAAAUACUAAAAAUUAAACGCAUAAGUUACUUGUAAUAUGCAGAUUCAUAAAAAAUGA